AUGAUAUUCAAUAUCGAUGAUCUCGUAGUGCACUUUCCCUAUGACAAGAUCUAUCCCGAACAAUACCAGUACAUGUGCGAUCUAAAGAAGGCGCUUGAUGCGCAGGGUCACUGUGUGCUUGAAAUGCCUUCUGGUACUGGUAAAACAGUAUCACUUUUGUCGCUCAUUGUAGCCUACCAAAUGCAACACCCGGAAGAUCAUCGUAAACUAGUAUACUGUUCACGAACUGUUCCAGAAAUUGAAAAGGCUUUGGCAGAGUUACGACAGUUGAUGAAAUACCGUAAAGAACAGGGACUUGAAGACGAUUAUUUUGGCGUUGGAUUGACAAGUCGGAAAAACCUGUGCUUGCAUCCUGUCGUAUCGAGAGAGCGAAAAGGAAAAGUGGUGGACUCGAAAUGCAGAAAUAUGACAGCUAGUUGGGUACGGGCAAAGGCAGGCAAAGGAAAAGGCGCCAACACCAAUCCACAAGAUUUGGAAAUCGAUUCUAAUGUGGAACUAUGCGACUUUUACGAGCAAUUGGAUGCCAUGAAUUCUCCAAACCCUAUUCCCAAAGGCAUUUAUACACUUGCUGACUUGAAGGCGUAUUGCGAGAAAAUGAAAUUCUGCCCUUACUAUUUGGUUCGACGAGCAAUUCCGUUUGCAAACAUCGUCAUUUAUUCAUACCACUAUAUGCUUGAUCCAAAAGUUGCUGAACUUGUGUCAAAAGAAUUAUCAAAAGAUGCUAUUGUUGUGUUUGAUGAAGCCCACAAUAUUGACAAUGUGUGUAUUGAAGCACUCAGUAUCGAUUUAACGCGACCGAUGCUUGACGCUGGUGCAAGAAGUAUUACGAUGCUGGCGGAUAGAAUCCAAGAAAUCAAAGAAACGGACGCAGAACGAUUACGAAACGAAUAUUCAAAACUUGUGGAAGGUUUACGGGACGCAAGUGCAGCACGCGAUGAAGACACAUUUAUGGCGAGUCCAGUACUCCCAGACGACUUGUUAAAAGAAGCAGUACCGGGAAACAUUCGACGAGCGGAACACUUUGUAGCGUUUCUGCGAAGGUUCAUUGAAUAUCUCAAAACCCGUAUGCGCGUCAUGCACGUUGUUGCGGAAACACCUGUCUCGUUUUUACAGCAUCUAAAAGAUGUAACCUAUAUCGAACGCAAGCCAUUACGAUUCUGUGCAGAGCGGCUUACGAGUCUUGUCCGUACGCUUGAAUUGACCGAUUUGGAGCAUUAUUCGAGUUUACAAAAGAUCGCCUCGUUUGCAACCCUUGUUGCCACGUAUGAUAAAGGAUUCAUGUUGAUCCUUGAGCCGUUUGAGACGGAAACAGCUACGAUUCCCAAUCCAGUCUUUCAUUUCACUUGCUUGGAUGCGUCUAUAGCUAUUAAGCCGGUGUUUGAACGGUUUGGUACAGUGGUCAUUACAUCUGGAACAUUAUCACCGCUGGAAAUGUACCCUAAGAUGUUGAAUUUCCAAGCUGUCGUUCAAGAAAGUUAUGCCAUGACGCUGACGCGAAACUGUUUCUUACCCAUGGUUAUCACUCGUGGCUCGGAUCAAGUCGCUGUAAGCUCCAAAUUUGAGGUUCGAAACGAUCCAGCCGUUGUUCGCAACUUUGGUCAAAUUAUGGUGGAGUUUUCUAAAAUUGUACCUGAUGGUGUCGUUUGCUUCUUCCCAAGUUAUUUGUACAUGGAGCAAAUUGUAUCAAUGUGGAAUGAUAUGGGUAUUCUAAACGAAGCAUGGAAGCAUAAGCUCAUCUUUGUGGAGACUCCCGAUGCCGCAGAGACUUCCAUGGCACUUGCUAACUACAGAAAGGCCUGUGAUAACGGACGUGGGGCUAUUUUGCUGUCGGUGGCUCGUGGUAAGGUCUCUGAAGGUAUCGAUUUCGAUCACAAUUAUGGCCGUGCUGUACUUAUGUUUGGUAUCCCAUAUCAAUACACCGAGUCGAGAAUCCUUAAGGCACGAUUGGAAUAUUUACGGGAUAACCAUCACAUCCGAGAAAACGAUUUCUUGACCUUUGAUGCCAUGCGCCAUGCAGCCCAGUGUGCUGGACGUGUAUUACGAGGAAAGACGGAUUAUGGAUUGAUGGUGUUUGCAGAUAAGCGAUUUGCCAGAGCAGAUAAGCGAUCCAAGUUACCCAAAUGGAUCAAUCAAUAUGUUACGGAUGCUUCUACCAAUUUGUCAACGGAUAUGGCCCUUGUCAUUGCCAAAAAGUUUCUAAGAACUAUGGCGCAGCCUUUUGAAAUGAACCAGUCAGGUGUAUCUUUAUGGACAUUAAAAGACAUCGAGGCACGACAAAAGACUACUGCGGCAUAA